UGCAGAGUUACCUGUCACCCUGAUCCCAAACCUUCACCUUGCCAAUCAUGCCCCCCCGGCCGGAAAUCGGGAACGGCUCGGCUGUCCCCACCGUAAGCACCGACAAGAGCAGCGCACAGGAGAAGGGCUCUGCUAUCCUGCCCGCCACCUCCACUCUGGCUCUUAUGGAGGAGGACCUGCAGGAGGCUGAUCCGUGGGAUCUUCCCGAGCUUCAGGACACUGGGGUGAAGUGGUCAGAGCUGGACUGCAAGGGCAAGGUGCUGCGCGUGCUGACGGCCAUCGCCAAGCUGGUAGUGCUGCUGGGCCUGCUCUACAUCUUCGUCUGCUCGCUGGACGUGCUGAGCUCCGCCUUCCAGCUGGUGGGAGGUAAGGCAGCGGGAGAUAUCUUCAAAGACAACACGGUCCUGGCCAACCCCUUGGCUGGUCUGGUAAUCGGGGUCAUGGUGACUGUGCUGGUCCAGAGCUCCAGCACGUCCUCAUCCAUCGUCGUCAGCAUGGUCUCCUCUGGCUUGCUGUCGGUACAGUCGGCUGUGCCCAUCAUCAUGGGAGUCAACAUCGGGACGUCCAUCACCAACACAAUCGUGGCGGUGAUGCAGGCCGGGAACCGAAAUGAGUUCAGGAGGGCGUUUGGUGGAGCCACCGUCCAUGACUUCUUCAACUGGCUGUCGGUGCUGGUUCUGCUUCCCCUGGAGGUGGCCUCGGGGUUCCUGUUCAAACUCACCAAGCUCAUCAUCGACUCCUUCCACAUCCAGAGCGGUGAAAACUCCCCGGACCUCCUCAACGUCAUCACUGACCCCCUCACCGACUCCAUCAUCCAGCUGGACAAAUCUGUGAUCAGCGACAUUGCCACGGGUAACCCGGCUGCAAGGAACAAGAGCCUCGUCAAAUCCUGGUGCAAAACAGAGAUCAAUACAACCCUUAGCAACAUGACAGUUCCUGGCCCUGAAAACUGCACUUCCGUGGUGUUCUGCUGGUGGGACGACAACGAGACAUGGACCCUGAUGAACGUGUCUGAGACGAUCUACCUGGAAAGAUGCAAGCAUAUUUUUGCCAACACCACCUUGCCGGACCUGGCUGUGGGCCUCAUCCUCCUCGCCCUGUCGCUCCUCUUUCUCUGCACGUGCCUCAUCCUCAUCGUCAAGUUGCUCAACUCUAUGCUGAAGGGCCAGGUGGCCAUGGUCAUCAAGAAGAUCCUCAACACAGACUUCCCGUUCCCAUUCGCCUGGGUGACAGGCUACCUCGCCAUCAUGGUUGGUGCAGGAAUGACUUUUGUGGUGCAAAGCAGCUCGGUUUUUACCUCCGCCAUCACCCCCCUGGUUGGAAUUGGUGUCAUUAGCAUCGAGAGAGCGUAUCCAUUGACCCUCGGCUCCAACAUCGGCACGACAACCACAGCCAUAUUAGCUGCUAUGGCCAGUCCCGCCGAGACGCUUGGAAACUCCUUGCAGGUUGCAUUCUGCCACUUCUUCUUUAACAUCGCUGGCAUCUUACUAUGGUAUCCCAUUCCGUUCAUGCGCAUCCCCAUCCGCCUGGCCAAAGCCCUCGGCAACCGUACUGCCAAGUACCGCUGGUUUGCCGCCUUCUACCUCAUCCUGUGCUUCCUGGUCCUGCCACUGGGCAUCUUCGGCCUGUCCGUGGCCGGCUGGCAGGCACUGGUGGGCGUGGGGGUGCCCAUAGUGGUGGUCGCCAUCUUCGUCAUCGUCGUGAACCUGCUCCAGGACCACAAGCCCCGGGUUCUGCCGCCCGUGCUGCGCAGCUGGGAAUUCCUGCCAUAUUGGAUGCACUCCAUGGCUCCCUGGGACCGCAUCGUAACCGCGGCAACAUCCUUCUGCGCUGCCCGCUGCUGCUGUUGCUGCCAAUGUUGCAGCAGUACUGCAGGCGACCAGCAGGGGGCGAAGAGCGGUGAUGGUAUCCUGAAUGAAAGGGAAAAAAUUGAAGUGUUCCACAGCAUGAUGGAGAUCCACAAUAACCCAGCGCUGUCCUGGGAGGGUGAGCCAGAAUCUGACCAGAGGAAUUGCCCCAGAACUGAUCAGCAAAGCACACAUUUAUAAUGAUUUGUGUGUUCAGCCUUGAAGUUGGGCUCUAAUAUUGUACCUCUUUGGAGCCAGCAUUGCUGGAUGUGCCAAAUGUGCUCUGCAUCGAUUCUUCCUCUGUCAAUCGUAUUAUUAAUUGCUGUGGUGGCACAGAAGUGGCUGUGAGGCGAGAGACAUAUGCAGGAAAACAGAAAUAGAAACCACAGCGGCUGCCUGACAGAACAGGACGGUACCUGACUUGUCAUAAUAAGCUUAUACAGCAAUUCGAUGUUUUAUAUGUGCAUGAAAUAUAUGAAACAUUUAAAAUAUUUAAUGAGAAAGUCAUGAUUUUCUUUCUACUUCUGAUAUAUUUUUUUAUUAUAUAUAUGCAGCCUAUUUAACUUUCUUACAAUUUCUUACCUUUCUCCUUUUACUGGGAAAAUCUAUUUAAAUAUGUAUAUUUAUGAAUUUUGUAACUGAGAAAAUUGUAAUAUGACUGUAAGGAGUGGCUGUUGAAUAAGACUCAACAUGUUUCCCCCUGUUUUAAUGAUGUACAUAAUGAUGGUAAACAAUUCAAGAAGAGUAUGUCUAUUACAGGAAGCGGGUCGCAUAGCUGCAAAUAGCACAUCACCAGCAGGAACAUGUGAAACCAUGAAAGUGGCAUCUCUCAAAGGCAAAGUCACGGCAAAGAUUAAAUCGGCAUGGGGAGCCUUGAAAAAAGUCAUUAAAAACCACAAACGUAACCACAAUAUUAAUGUUAAUACCCCUCUAAACAAAGAGGUGUACAGCUGAAGCGGCCAAGUAAUUUUUAUUGCACGUUUUUACUGUGUAAAUAAAGAACUAAUUUAAAUUUA